UACACGGAAAUAGACCGAGUUUAUAUUUUACUCGUUACUUUCGGUUUCGUUAUUUUAUUCGAAACAUUAGGGUUUAAACUGUUGAUUUUAUAUCGUGUGUCAGUUCUUACUUGAUCUUGUUACAAGUUAACCUGAUUUUACUUUUGACUUUUACAGUAAUGUCCCUUCAACAAUGAGUCGAAUGACAACAACUGAAAGUGAAUCUCAACAUUCAUUCAAUGUGAUUGGAAAUCAACGUUCAAGUGUUGUUGGAAAUGAGAAAAGUAUUGGAUUUACGGUUGGAUUCGAAAAUGCAGCAAUGGGUCGGGGUAAAGAUGGAAUAGUUCCGGAAAGACUCCAGAAUCGCGCUAGGUCAAAACAGACAAUACUGUCAAAAGAGGAUCUUGAUGAAAAGCAGAGAUUGGCAGCUGAACGCAAAAGGCAAAAGGAUGCGGAAAAAGUAAAGAUGGCAAGGAAAGUAAGCGAAGACACAGUAAAGUUUGACAAGAUUGUACAUCAAAGAAUUCAACCAAAGUGGUUUGAGAAAGGCAUGGAUAAGACGUUAUUCAAAUAGUGUUAAAAUGUGCAUGGACGUUAUCAUAUUCAGCUGAUAAUGGGCAGAAAAUCAAGCAUGUUAUGGUCAUAUAGUUAUAUUUUUGCUGUUGAAUAAAUUGUACAUAUAGCCAUAUUUAUAAGUUUGUAAUUUAGAUACGCGUGUAUUUAAAUACAUCGACUUGUUUACAAUUUGCGUCAUCAAUAAUGAAAGUAAAUGGUGAAAAUUGUGGAUAAUCGCAAUGACAACUUAUUUGCUGGCUUUGAACAAUGAUUUCAUUCUGUUAUUUGUGUUCUACUUUUGUCCAUAAAUAUUAAUACGUUUGAUUUGAUUUCCUCAUUUUGGAUAUUAAGCAUGAUGUUUAUUUCUUUUUUUCGAAUGUUAUAAAAAUAAAAUAAAAAAUAAAACUUGUUGACAUGUGCCAGAUGGAAAGAUCCGCCAUUUACACAAAAGGUGAGUUUAUGUAUGGUUUUCGUCACUGCUCACAUUUCAGUUUGAUGUGGUGUUAGAGAGAAGUUU